GCUAGCGUAAACUAGCGGUAAACUAGCGGUUUCAUCAGUGACUGCUUCGGUCACUGCGGUUUAGGACCAGUUUUAGUUGAAAUAGUGUCGUUAAAUAAAAAUGGCUUUACUAACGCCGUUAUUCGCCUUCCUGUACCACCUCCCGCAGGUUUACAAGUGGCUGCUGAAGCCUUAUUAUGUCGCUUCGCUCUUCAUGUCCAUAGCGUUCCUGGCUGUCCGAAAAACGCCCGGAGUCUGCGACCAUCUGUCCACCCAGAGAGAGGACGGCAACUCCUGCGACUUCGACUGGAGAGAGGUGGAGAUCCUCAUGUUCCUUAGUGCCAUUGUAAUGAUGAAGAACCGACGAGCCAUAACUGUGGAGCAACAUGUGGGGAACAUUAUUCUGUUCAGUAAAGUGGCCAACGUGAUCCUGUUCUUCAGACUGGACAUCAGGAUGGGACUGCUCUACCUCACGCUCUGCAUCGUGUUUUUAAUGACCUGUAAGCCGCCUCUUUACAUGGGACCAGAGUACAUCAAAUACUUAAGCGACAAAACUAUCGAUGACGAGCUGGACAGAGACAGUCGUGUGACAUGGAUCGUUGAAUUUUUUGCUAACUGGUCUCCUGAGUGCCAGUCCUUUGCUUCUGUCUACGCCGACCUCUCUCUGAAGUACAACUGUAGUGGCCUCAAGUUUGGCAAAGUGGACAUCGGACGCUAUGGAGAGAUUUCCAAGAAGUACAAGGUGUCGGCGUCUCCACUGUCAAAGCAGCUUCCAUCCUUGGUGUUGUUCCAGGGAGGGAAGGAGGUGAUGCGGCGCCCCCAGGUGGACAAGAAGGGCAGAGCAGUUUCCUGGAGCUUCACUGAGGAGAACAUCAUCAGGGAGUUCAACCUGAACGAGCUCUAUCAGAAAUCCAAGAAGAUCUCCAAGACCAGAGCAGAGAAGGUGAGUCCGUCCCAGUUCCCCCCGUUACCGGAGGAGGAGGAACCGGAGCAGCCUGGAAACGACUUCCAUCUGAAGGAGUCUGAAUCCAAGAAGGACAAAUAAGAUGAUGUGUGGCUCUCAGCUUGGACUUGUGGGUGAAACGUGAUGGUCCAGGUCAGCUCACUCCCCUCCAGCUUCUUCUCAUGCUCCUUCACUUCAGUUUGUCCACUUCAGAAUCUGCCUUUCAAACGACCCGGACACGAGAAAGAACGGCAGAAACACGGCGUUCACGCUGAUGCUGAGAGAAAACAAAACCUUUAAUCCAGCCACUGAACUCUGGUUUCUGCCAAAAUAACUCCUAACAAUAAGCCACAGUGUGUUUUCCCUUUAAAAGGAACUAAAGAACAAGCAGCAGGAGGAGAGACCAGCUUUAGAUGGAGGUAAACUUCUGUAGGUCAGCAUCAGGCCUGGACCUGUGCUCUGUUUCUGCAGUAGGUCUGAGGGCCGCUAUGGGAGCAGUGGAUGUGGGGACAGUCUGAUUCUGAUUUAGAUUGUUAUGCUACUAAUUUAAUUUAGAUUGUUUUUAAACUGUGAUUGUAAUGUAUAAACUAACGGUACGAUUCACACAGACAUCCAUCACCGUGCUAAACUGUAGAAUGAACGCCUCAACAUGUGUGUGCUCCACACGCAUGAACACCGCCCACUAGUGGUGUUUCUACAAUCUGUUCUGUUCAUCUGACAGCAGUCAAACACGUCAGCUUCGUGUCUAAAUGUGCGCUCUGGUCACGUAAAGGUGGCACCACUGAUGUCACCAGCUAGGUAACGUUUCUGUACCGCUUCCAACACGUCUGCACUGAACGGUCACGUUAACGCAGCGAUGUCCACUGAUCUGAGUCCAGGUUCCACAUUCAGCCCAGUCUGACCUCCAGUGGACCAGUUUUACUGUACGAACAAAACAACAAGUCAGAUAAAAAAAGACAAAAAAACCAAAACAAGACAAUGCAAAAAUGAGACAAACGACACAAAAUAAAAUGAAAGAGACAAAAAUUAGACAAACAAGUUACAAAGCGACAAAGAAAUGGAUACAUGACAAAACGAGACAAAAAAACACAACAGCACACAAAACAACAAAUAAAGCAAAACACAAAAAUGAGGCAAAAACCGAACGACAAAGGUCAGACAAAAAACAAGACAAAAUAUUACAAAAAUGAAACACAAAAUGACAAAACAUUCGCCAAAAAAGUUACAAAGUGACAAAAGAAUGGACAAACGACAAAAACGAGAAAAUAAAACACAAAACGACAAAAACAAUGAAAAAAGCGAAACACAAAAUAACAAAAAUUAGACAAAAACCACAAACGAGAUGAAAAGGAAACACAAAACAACAAAAAUGAGACACAAAGCGACAACAGAACAAAGAACAAUCCAGUAUUCUACUUUCUGAUCCAAACAACUUGUCAUGGUCUAGAAAUGAUUUUAAAUUUAUACUUUUACUAAUUUACAAUCUGCAGUUAAUGUCUUCUCUGGAGUUUUUACACUUUGAGGGCCGGAUUGGACCCUCUGGAGGACCACUUUUGGACCACGGGCCUCAUGGUGGACACCUCUGCAUUAACAGAUAGACACAUGUGGUGGUGCUCUGAGGUGUGUGAAGUGAUUUAAAAGACUUUCUAGACGUCCACGUCGCCCUUUUCAUGGACUUUGCUCUACAGCUUGAAACGUCCUUAAUAAUAAAAUGUUUAAAUGAUUAAAGAUUAGUGUGACUGAACAGGAAUGAACAGAAUCUAAGAGGAGUUUUCCUCCAGCUGUGUGAAGAACAUUAACAGAAAACUGACCUGAAUGUCGUCGUUUUUGCGGAUUGGUGAAUCCAGAAGUGUUCCUUGUCUCAUGCUAGCUGAGUCUGAGAUGGAAUUUGUACAUUUGUGUGUUUCCUGUAUGGAUCAACCGGCCGGCUGCUCAUAGAAAGCCUGGUCAGAUUUAUCAGUUACUCUUUUAAAGACGCCAGUUCUAGCUACAACAUGGAAUGAGAAGUUAUUACUAGCAGCUUCCUCAGCAGUGACGGAGAAACUUCCAAUCCAGUUCAGACUUGGGUAGCAAGGUUUAUUUGUUUUAUUUAGAACCUUAAAACACAUUAAAGGUCCUGCUGAAUGAAUAUGCAUCAGUUUUAGUCGUGAUGGCAGCGUGGCUCUGAGGACGGUAAAGUCGGUUUGUAAAGAAACCAUCAUUGGUCUUUUGAUCCUGUAGGCCUCAGCUGAUGCCCAGUAAAGAAAGGAGACCUGGUAAGCAACAAGCCACCGCUCAUUUCUGUUCAGGCAUCCCUGCUUCCUCUUUGAGUCUUGGUUUCUCCCAUCAGUGAUUCCAGCAGAAUGUUUGAGGUGUCCUCAUUAAAUGCGACCGGUCCACCUAUAGUCCCAGGUUCCUGCUGCGUUUUAUUAUCGGUUGGAUGAACAGAACGGUGUAGAAUAUGAUUAAAUGACAACGUAGUGCAAUGUGACAAGAGUGCAUGGAUGUGCAUUUUCAUUUAUUAUUUAGCACAUACUGUAAUGUAGAAAAAAAGCUGCUCCACUAAAGACUACUAUUGAAAACACUGAGAGACUUGCAGCGUUUUUCCACCACCACCUGCUCAGCUCGUUUUCCAUUCCUUUGAGUAGCUCCUCAUCGUGGGGGGAGUCGUCGUAGCACGGCGGCCCACAAGUCCCUUAACGUCAUUUGCAAGCGACUCAAACUGGUUUAAUUUUGGAGGAUUCGUCAUUCUGGUGUGUCAUCACUCCCUGUCCAAUCAGAGGCCUGCACUCUGUAGACGUCACAUUAUCGGCUCCAAUCAGCUCUCUGGGAACCCCGGCCCAGUAGGAACUAAAACAGUAGCUGGUACCAGGAACUACGUCCUGAUGGAAAACCUCACAAACCCAGUAGAGUCCAGUAGAUGCUGGUGGAAAACAACCAAUAGAGCAGAGGUUUACCCAUCGGUUUGUCGGUUCUACUCACAGCAUGCCGUCAGAGAUCCAGAAGAUACUUCCUGUGAAUCCUGACUCAGAGGUCCUGUCUUCUCACUGCUUGAGAUGUGUUUUAGGAACUGAGACGUCCUUUAAGGUGCUGCACUGACAUCAGUAGGAGGAGGACGGAGGAGGUGAGAUGAUGAUGAUGAUGAUGAAGGUGUACCAGACUCGAUUUAGCGUCCUGACGUUAGCCUCAGACCUGCAGACCUGAAUGUGGACUCAUCCACAACCCCAACGUUCUCUGAAGUGGUCCCACGUCCGUGUUAACUGGAGGAACACCAGAGUUGAGCGUUUGUGGACAGAUCCAGAAAGUCUCACACAAGCUGUGAUUUUCAGUCAAAUGUCACCGUAAUUAAACCAAUCCUUUGUGCUGUAAACCUGCUUCAUGAUGAACUGAGCUUAUUUUCAGAUGACUUCACAUUCCUGGAUUAUCUGACACAUUUUAAUAAACUGCUUUUACAACAUUAAUGAUCACUGACCGUUUGGUGGCGAGCUGCUGCUUUUGCUCUUUUUGAUCAAAGUAAAAUUGUUUCAGAGUCAUUUGUAGUUUUUUUUAAUACUGUUAGAUUUGCAUUUUGAAGACAUUCCUUGUGUUCUUAUUCCACCUGCUCCUUUGUUUUGUGUUGUGUUUCUGUAUGUUUUGAACUAGAUUCUACCUGUGUCACGUCCAUUUCAUCUCAGCUGCUUCUAGACUGUUUCUGCUCCUGGACAUGAGUGGACGAGUUGUUGUAAAAGAAAAGUCUGGUCUGUUUUCUUAUUCAUGUAAUAAAACGAUGUGCACAUGAA